CCCCUGCGACUCGCCAUCGUCCGUGGGGAGGCGUUCACUGGUUGAAGUGAUGGCGACUGGGACCCCAGAUUCGCAAGCGCGAUUCGGUCAGUCUGUGAAGGGGCUUCUUACGGAGAAGCUGCUAGGUCAGGCAGCUAGAAACAUGGUACUACAGGAAGAUGCCAUCUUACACUCAGAAGACAGUUUAAGAAAAAUGGCAAUAAUAACAACACAUCUUCAAUACCAGCAAGAAGCUAUUCAGAAGAAUGUUGAGCAGUCAUCAAAUCUACAGGACCAGUUAAAUCAUCUGUUGAAAUAGAACGCGUUACACUGACACUGAGGAGGAAAUAUCUUACAUAACCAUUGUGCUAUGGGUUUGAUUUUCCAUUUUCUUUUCUAAAAGUUAAGUUAGAAAAGAUCUGUGACGAUGAACAGUGUCUCCUGAAAGGCAGUUAGGUGACUGAAUUUUGGAAGCACUUCUUGAAUCAAACCAACCCAUGCUCUUAUUAAAUUUUUAGUUGCUCUGUUAGUUUGAUAUUAAAGCACAAUUAAAAGAUGUCUUAGUUUUUCCCAUAGAACUUUAAUAUGUCAAAAACCAUAUUGUCUAAAUGUGUUUCUUAAGUAAAUACUGAGUAGUGUUUUAAAUUAAGACUUAGAGCUUCUACUAUAUAUAUAUAUAUAUAGAAUGUAUAAGAAUGAUUAAUAUUGUUUUUAAAUAUUUUUCUUUUAAUCAUACAUUCAGGAAAUACUUUAAUUUCAUGGUCACAGAAUGGUCAUUAGGUAAUACCUGUUGUUUUCUUUUCUAGUAACCAAGAGGAGAUACUCAUUUUAUUUGUUGCAGCAAAUUACAUGAAAAUUAGGCAAAUGGUAUCAUAUCUAGCCAGCUGCAACCUCCUGCCUUGACCUUCAUUCCUAGGGUUUCUUUGUUGUUGUGACUCUUGAUUAAGUGGCCUUGGGUUCAUUUUGUAAUUUUGCUAGUUAUCAGCAAAUUCACUUGCAUGACAUUAUUGCCAAGUGAGAAAGCAGUUGAAUUGCUGUGAUCGCAGUAUAGGAUUGUGCCCUGUAGAAAACCUUACGUUUGUAGACAUUUACCUAUGUUCAUUGAAUUUAUCUUAUUAAAUGUCAUUACCAUUGUUUGUUGUCAAGUCUGAAUCUCUAUGCUUUGUUUGAAUUUAAAAUGGGACUUCCAACCUGUUUUAGCUUAGUUCUUAAUUCAUUCACUAAGGUAUUGGGAGAAAGCUGACAUAAGAAAAUGGUGUUUUUUCGGAAAGAAAAAAAGCAAAUAUGAGUCCAAUUUAAUUCAUAUUCGUAUCAUCAAGUUGACUAAUCAUAUCAGAUUACAUUUACUCCUCAUUUUAUAUAAUAUGCACAUUAACUUAAAAUAAAAAAAUAGAUAUGAAGGAAUUCACCUAUGUAUUCAUUCUAUAAACAUUUAUUAUGAUUAUUAAAAGUAAACAGUCUCAAUUUACCUUAAAAAGAAGGAUUACAAACGUACAGCAAUUGUUGUAUUAGGAGUAAACAUUUGAAACAUUAUGUGAGGAUGUUACUAUCACAGUUUCUGUUCAGCAUUUCCCUGGAAGCCACACCUGGUACAGAAAUUAAAAUUAAAUGUAACUAUUAGCAAGGAAGAGACAAAAUUGUUAUCAUAUGGUAGGAUUAUCUACUUAGAAAAUUCAAGGACUGAUUUUUUUUUUAAAGUAAUCAGUUUAGAAAAUAAAACAAACAAUCCAAGUAUAUACAAAGCAAGAAAUAUUUAAGAUGAUAUAAAAUUAAAAUAAAGGUAUGGUCUAUGUUUUCUUCAUCA